AUGAAUAAUACAAAAAAAGCUCACCAUAGUGGGCAAGCAAGUCCGCAGCUUGAACAGUAUCUGUCGCUGCUCGGACUCCUUGUCGAAUAUGUGAAGGCGAGGCCCGCUCUUGAGCGAGCAGAGGCGGCACAGGUCGGUGAACGCGGUGAAGUUGAGGUCCUCGGGCUCGGUCAUCGCGAAGCACCUGAUGAGGAGGUCGAGGAGGCAGGAGUUGUCCAUGUAUACGGCGGUGGUUGUCGGGUGGCGGGAGACGUCAACGCAUGUCGCGGGCUCUCGGGGAGGCGUCGCGCCGCCGCUGCGUUCGGGGGGCACUGGGCCCUGCGCUCCCGGCUCGCCCCCCACCACCCCGACCCCCUCGCGCCCCCUCGUACCCCCUCGCGCCCCCACGCCCCGCCCCCGCGACUACACGCGCGGAGGGUGGCUCGGACGCGCCGGAAAAUGCGUGCCAGUUUUCCCGUCUGCAAUUGCCGAUUGUCCGUAUUGAUUAUGACGUCU